AUGACACGGCACGGCAUCACCUGGAUCUGUGGCGUCUUGAAUUACCUGCUUUGGUGGGGUUCCGAUACUCAAUUGAGCUCAGAACCUGUUCUUGUGACAGAAUACUACAUUCCUACGCCGAACUUUGGCCCAGUAGUAGCUUCUCAGGUGCUGUUCCAAGAGGUCAUUGAGAACUCCUGGGGACAUGACUUCGUGCGCAGUUACAAUCCGCCAGAUGUCGACUUCGACCACGUCAAGUUCUACUUACAAUUCGACAGUUUCGGCCGCCAGUACGAUCGUCUGGCGCAUAUCUACCUCGACGACGUAGAGGUCUGGCGGCCCUCCACCCCGGAGCCGGGUAACCUCUCUGCGAUAACCUCGAGUUUCACCAAAGACAUGUCGUUUGCAUUGCCUUUGCUGAGCUCUCCCCGGAAGCUGACGGUUCAAUUGAAUAAUAUCAUGAAUGAUGUGUAUACUGGCCACUUCAAUACGACCUUGACUGCUUUCUACUACAAAACAGGAGACUCCAAGGUACAGAUCCAGGAGUCAAGCUGGUACGCUGAAGAACCUCCCACAGAGAUUAAAGCAGUAUCGCCCUUGCUCAGUUUCCCUACGAAUGAGGAAUUGGUCGUGAACAAACUCAGCCAAGACACUGUAAGGGCUGUUCUGCAGGUUCACGCCAGCGGCAAUGCAGGUGAGGAGUUCUGGUACAUGAAGUAUUCAGGCGAUGGAGGAGCAACGCGACUUGUCGAAGUGUACGUAGAUGGCCGUCUUGCAGGGUACGCAGAUCCCUUUCCUCAAAUCUAUACUGGAGGUUUCGAGCCUCGUCUGUGGACUCCGAUUAUGGGGUUACGCACCUUCGACGUGCCCGCGUACUAUAUCGAUAUCACUCCCUUUUUGCCUCGCCUUUGGGACUCCGAUACUCCCAUUGGUAUCCGUGUAGGAAAUGGGUACAGUCAGAAGCAGAUUGGAAAGGACUGGUUGAUCAGUGUUGCACUAUUGACUUGGGAGGAACCCGGCGCCCAAGGCACUGGAGGAACCCAUCAAACCUAUCGCAAAGACAGCCCGCAGAUCGUGCAGUUACCCACAACUCAAAUCAUUCAAGUUAGCCACACUCUGCGAAACUCUGCGGAUCUAUUAUUACACGGUAAAUCUUAUUAUGUUGAGUCGGCUCAAACCGUGAGCCAUUCGAGCGUUUUGGAAGACAGUCGGAUUCUUGCUUUUGACGCCGAGGGUCGGAGCACUUUUGUGAAAACCAACUCAAAAGAGCUGACUUCUGAUUCGUUCUCUCGAGAACAUGGCUACGCCCUAGCAUUGACUCUCGCUACCGACCAGAUCACGCUGGCCCAAACCUACGAAGUUGGAAUUGAUCAAGCUGGCGGGAAAUACAAAGUAGUUGCUGGUCACAAUGGCACUUGGGGUGGUCAAAAUGAAACAGGGGUUUGUCUCGGCUCGUACUUCGACAAACACCCUACUUAUGCUCACUCGGUGCGGGCAGUGAAUCGCGAAAUUGUAUCUGAAACCGAUCAGUCCUGCGAUAACACUCCAACUCUUAUCAACAAUAAGGGCACAGGCAUCUAUCAAGCAGCUGAAGACGGGUUCAAAGCCCGCAUGCCAUAA